CUCUUCCAUUAUUAUGCGGACGGUGGCCGUGACGGGUCAAUCCGGUAACAGAGGCGAGUGGGCGUGAAGGUGGCGGCGCGGGGGCAGUUUUUGUGACCGGAGGUCUCGGGACGGGACGAGGCUGGAGCUCCAGUCGACAUGGAGACGCUCUACCGGGUGCCGUUCGCGGUGCUGGAGUGCCCGAACAUCAAGUUGAAGCGGCCGAGCUGGGUGCACAUGCCUUCGGCCAUGACAGUCUACGCGCUGGUGGUGGUCUCUUAUUUCCUCAUCACGGGAGGAAUAAUUUACGAUGUGAUUGUAGAGCCUCCCAGCGUUGGCUCAAUGACAGAUGAACAUGGACAUCAAAGGCCUGUGGCAUUCUUGGCUUACAGGGUAAAUGGGCAGUACAUUAUGGAAGGCCUUGCGUCCAGCUUCCUCUUCACAAUGGGAGGCCUUGGCUUUAUAAUACUGGACCGUUCUAAUGCGCCAAAUAUCCCAAAGCUGAAUAGAUUUCUGCUGCUUUUUAUUGGAUUUGUCAGCGUCCUUUUGAGUUUCUUUAUGGCCAGAGUUUUCAUGCGGAUGAAAUUACCGGGCUACUUAAUGGGUUAGUGCCUUUUUGUGAGUGCUACAAAGCACAGAUUGGAUUUGCUUCUCUUCAUGAAGAGGAAUGGAUAGCAAAAACUCUACAGCCCCACACUUCUUGUCCUGAAGAGACAAGAAAAGAGAGCAGACUAAGCAAAGGACUAAUUACUCCUUUCUUCUUCAUAUAAAUAGCAACGUUUGUCACAGGUGGUUGGUUUAUUAACAGAUUUGUGUCUAUUUUUCUUGAAUAGAGAAGAAGGAAAAUAUUCUGAAGUGUUAUUUGGGCAUACAUGUAUUAAAUUUAAAAUGUCAAACAACUGCUCUUCAAUCUCUAUUCCCUCUCCACACACAUAUCCCAUGAUUCAAGGUAAAAGUAAUAAUUCUGUACUUCCUUGUAAAACUGUGGAUUAGUAUCUUUUUAUGAGAGAAUUCAUUGUGAGAAAAGGAGGGAGGUAAUAGAGAUUUAUCCUUUCCAUGUCUGUAAGUGGAAAGAAGUGUUAGUCGGCGAUUGUCAUUGAACACUACAGACCUAAUCUAGCAAACUGAGCGCAGCAGAUGGCUUUGAGUCCAUCUUUGGACAAGCCAGUCCAAGCUGACAGCACUGAUCACAUAUUGAGAAGAUAUGGGAGGAGGCAGAUUUGGAAGGUUGCGGCAGAUGCUUGAAGUUGGGCUCCUCCUUCUCCAACGCACCACUCUUUAACGGGUGGGUGGUGCUGUGGAACAUCUCAGGCGGAGUGCACCGGGGGAAGGAGCAGCACUUGCGUGAGCUUUGAUGCUGGAUUAAGGUCUGUCACUUUCCAUACCAGGCUUUUGCAAAGGCAGCAGAGCAUACCUCUUUCUGCGCAUGGAUUGGCUGCUCUGAAUUUGGGCAUGUGUGUCUUGGGCAACAUUAACUUUGAUAUUCAUUCUAGUAGAUUAAGAGAAACACACGUACAAAGAAAACCCAUUAUUGUGUGCAAGUAGUUCUUUUUAAAAAAAAUGAAAAUAAGGCAUAUUAAACAUCUUUUCUACAAAA